GUGGCUUGAACCAGACUAUCAAGUCAACGAUAUCCUCUGCCGACUGGAACUGUGACUACACAUUGACUGUUUGAUUAUCACUUCCUUGAUUCAGCGUGCAUCACAAUGGAAACACCACUGUCGCCCACCCAAGAUUCACAUCUCAAUAUCCAGACACCAGCUACUGCUCAGCGGUACGACUCCUACGAGGUACGAACAGUCUCCACGUCCUCAGAAUCACAGAGCCAACCCUCUCAGGGAUCAUCUCCUUUCGUGUCUACCCUCAACGAUACUACACUUUCCGAUCAGGAGAACCAUUCUCCCUCAAAAUCACGACACUCCCGAGUCCUCUCUGGCGCGACCCUUUCACCGCUGAAGAUCCUCACCGACCAGCGAGAGGUGAGAGACGGAAGACCAACAGAUAGACUAGGCCCCAACGCUCGUAGCCCUAGAAAGGUGUCUCCUGAGAAGCGUUUUCCUGUUAAGAUCAGCAACCCUCUCGACACAACCUGCGCUGCCUCCCAAGAGAGCACGAUGAGUCUAGAGGAUGCAGUGCGACAAAACGAAGGCCUCAAGCGCGCAAUUGAGAUCUUUGAAGAUGAGCAGAGCGUCCUGGAAGACGGCCUGGACGACAUGGACGUCACUACUGGCACCCUCAAUGUUAACCCUUGUGGAGAAAUGGAGGUCGACGAUUCCGUAUGCCCUGACGAUACAGCGAUCAGUACCUUCAGUACCUUCUCGGCUGUGCCCAACCUAACCAUGUUUGCCAAACUCGGCCAAAGUCCCACUAAACUGUCCGAUAUGGGUAGUCUCACGCCUCGGGCAAACACACGACCUGAUCCCUCCCCAUCACGAACGUCACGAGCCAGACCGAGACACGACUCAGGGAACACAACGAAUCUUCUGGACUUUACAGAGCAGCUGCGUUUUCCUCAGAGAUCACCCCAAAAGUCACCGGCCAAGGGCGGGCUUUCUCCAUCUCGCACAGCACCUGAUGUAACUGCGACGCCUUCUCGUGGCGGAUUUGCCAACCUCAUCGACUUCGAUAUUCCCCCUAUGCCUACACCUCGAAGCGUCCCCAGCAUCACCGCGAGAGAACUCGAGUCUCUCAAAUCAAACUUUCUGUCAGAGAUCAGCUCACUCAAAGCUUCAUUGAGUGGUAAGGAAGCCGAAGUGCAAUCGCUCAAGGCCGCAGUUGGUGAUGCAGAGAAGCGAGUGGGUGAGUCCCAGGAGCAGCUCCGCGAGGAACGCUCUAUCAAAGAGCAACUUACUGCUGAGAAAGAGGGUUGGGAGAACCGAGGUCGUGAGAUGGAACAUGUCUUGCGGAAGGCCAAGGAAGAAAUUGUGGAGAGCCAAAGAGAACAGGAAGAGCUCGAACAGAAGUUGGAAGAGAGUGAGAAGCGACGUGAGGCAGCCGAGAUGUUGCACCAGGAGGCGGAGAGUAAGAUGGCGGGUAUGCGUGCCGGGAAAGACACCGACAAGUCGUCGCCCGAAAAGCCCAAGAGCCCAAACGACACCAAUCACGAAGUUGAGAUUGCAGUCGAGCGGGUGGCUCGUGAGCUUCAUGCUCUUUAUAAGAGCAAGCACGAAUCUAAGGUCACUGCCCUGAAGAAGUCAUACGAGACUCGGUGGGAGAAGCGUGUCCAUGAGCUUGAAAGCAGGAUUAGAGAACUUGUCGAGGAGAACGAACGUCUGCGCGUCUGCCGAAAUACAACAAUGACCAGAGUCGAGCCCGACAGCAUUGAGGCCGAUGAGCGCAAGGCCCAAGCAGUCCGAGACAGCGCAGCAAUCAAGGAGUUGAACGCCGAUAUCCAACGACUUGAGGCAGUUGUCCAUACAGUACAGCUCGACAACGAGUCACUGCGCAGUAUGCUGGAGAAGGAGCGCGUAGAGAAGGGAGAGCUUGUGCAACUUGCCGAGGAGAUGAUGAGCAUGCAGAGCUUUGUUGCGCAGACACCAAAGUCUCAGCCCCAGCAACAACCUCAACAGCCUCCGUCUGCGUCUCGUUACCCUCAUGAGAGACAACAUGACCGAGAGCCUGAGACUAAGACGCCAAAACGAAGUGCAGAUCACUUUAGAAGCAGUGUUAGUCGUGCUUCAGGACUACGCGCGCCAGGUUCAGGACUCCGAGCACCUCACGAGCGAACAAAGAGCGCAGGUGGUUUGCCUCGUCCAGGCGGUAUGGCCCGUAGCGGCAUUAUGAACUCCAUUGAGAAGAUGGGCAAUUACCGGGGACGUGGAGCAGAGUAGUAUUGGACGGGGAGAAACACAAUGAGCCUCAAAAGGGCAGAUGAACGCGAAAACUAAUGACACAUAAAACUGUAUGACUAGAGCCUGUUUUUCUGCGUGGCAUAUGCUCGGAGAAGGCCGUGAGCUCACUCUAGAGCCCUGGCAUGACAUUGUUUAUUGAC